AGCUAGACUUGAAAUGAACAUCAGUCUUGUCAAAUACUGCUGAAACACAUGAAUUGGUUUCGUGACAUUUCUUGUUCAUUAAAAAAAUGGCACUGCAGAGGUUUAUAUUUGUUUCUCUAACCGUUGUUUUGACAUUAGUUGUUUUAUUCCAUAAAGCAUUUGCCAUUAAAUGUUGGAGAUGCCAGUCAAGUGGGAAAAUGUCUGAGUUUUGUAAAGAUCCAUUUGUUGAAAGCAAUAUCACUGCGGCGCAAAAACGUUGGAUAUACGUGGAUUGCCCUCAAAAUUCUAACCAAAGAAGCGCUUGCAAAAAAAUUAUUCAGCUCGUGAAUGAUAAGGUUGUGAUUUCACGAUCGUGUCACUUCGAACCAGUGAAUGCAUUGGAAAAUGAUUGUAUGAAUGAAACAACACCCUCAUAUGUGAAGACACAAUUUUGCAAGAGCUGUUUAACUGAUGGAUGUAACGGUGGUGCUAUGAACGUGGAUUUUGAAAAUGAGUACACAACUGUUGCAAGUGAAAAUACUAUUGAUGAUUAGCAGCACUCAAAUAUUGUCGACUAUAACGAAAACAAUACAAAAAAUAUAUAUAUUUCUGAUGCAGCCAGUUCCAAGCAAAGGAAUUACACACAUGACCAUUUCGCACAUCUGAUUAUAAAUAAAAUGUAAUUCUUUACAGAGUAUGUCAUUAGAUUUGUCUAUUAAUUUACAUGCAAAAUGACAAUUCAAAUGAGUUUCAUGAGAUUAAUCUUUUCAAUUUUUUUUAUCAUUUUUUGUACGCUAUUGAUUGAAAUAUAUUCGAAAACAUAUAAUUUGUUUUCAUAAAUGG